AGAACGCAUCAGCAAGCAACCGCGCGAACACGCCUGGACCCUCCCUGCUCAGUGCUCACAGACCAGACUUGAUCCCCCAACAACACUCACGCUCAAAGGAAGAGUAAUUCCCACCCGCUGUCAUAUCGAAAGUCGUUUUUCGCCAGUCCAGCUUCUAUAGCAAGCCUCUCCACCGUUCACCACUCGCCCAGAAUGUCCGAGAUACAACCCUUUGUCAACAGCCUAGUCUCCGUCUUAACAGCAGACGGACGAGUAAUAUUGGGCACAUUACGCGGCUUCGACCAAACAACAAACCUUAUCCUCUCCAACUCCACCGAGCGGGUGUUUGGCGGAGAAGACGGCGUCGAGCAGGUCCCGCUGGGGCUGUACAUCAUUCGGGGGGACAAUAUUGCGGCGAUAGGCUCAGUAGACCAGGAGCGAGAUGCAGAGAUCGAGUGGGAUAGUGUGCAGGCGCAGCCCCUGGCGCCGUUGCGGGGGAUGGCUACGUAGACGGCUGAGUGAGACCCUGCACUGCACGACGUGGCAGGACUGGCCGGGGAUGAGAUGGAAUGACGGAAGCAGGAGAGGACGGGAGAGGCGGUUCCGGGGGUACUACCUCCCACAUGGCGUAAAGGAGGCAGGGCAUACGGGCAUGUACCCCCGCACAAAGCCGAAGCAUUGCGAGAAGGCGAGAGCAGAGCACGAGCGUAUCAUCAUUACUCUUUUUUCGUCGAUGGAGGAUCACGAGGAGCGGGAUUGGAAGGCAGAGCGCUGCAGUGAGUGACGCGAAGAAACGAUCAAUGCUUCGCAUACACAUUUCUUCAUAGGAUAGGCACGAAGCCUCAGCGGGUGAUAUCAACCUCCCCACAGUGCACGGCGGCUCCUCUCCAACUCCAUUUGUAUAUAUAUUUUCUGAUCACGUAGGCGGUAGCCUGAAUCGGACAGUUUUUAUUGGUUGUACGGAAAACCUUCCAAUCCACA